UACAUCAUAAGCUACUGAUCUCUCUAGAGGAGACUAUAGGAAGACCGAAGAUCUCGAGUUCCAAUGGCCGACGACAGUACUUCCGUCGCCGCCUCGGCGAUGGAGGAGGAGAUGAAACCUCAGCUGAGUAAGAGUUGGGCCGACGUAGCAGACGAGACGGAGGAAGCGGAGGCAUCAUCCACCUCCGAUGUGAAACUCAACUCCGAACUUAAAAUGGACUCUCUAGCCAUGGAUGAGUCCAAAAGUGUAUACAAAACCCUCUCUGACCCCGACGACGCCAGUAUCGAAGCUGUUACAUCUGGGGAUACUUUGUAUAAAUCUGCCAAAAGGUUCGAGGACUUGAACUUGACUCCGGAGUUGCUGAAGGGAUUAUAUGUAGAGAUGAAGUUUGAGAGGCCGAGUAAAAUUCAGGAAAUCAGUCUGCCUAUGAUACUCACUCCGCCGAAUAAGAAUCUGAUUGCUCAGGCUCACAAUGGAUCCGGUAAGACGACGUGCUUUGUGCUUGGAAUGUUGAGCCGAGUUGAUCCGAAGCUCGCUGCCCCUCAGGCUCUCUGUAUUUGUCCCACUAGAGAACUCGCCAUUCAGAAUAUGGAAGUUCUGUUGAAGAUGGGGAAGUAUACUGGUAUAACAUCAGAAUUGGCAAUACCAGCAGAUGCUGCCAACUAUAUUCCAAUAAAUAAACGACCUCCUGUUACAGCUCAAGUUAUAAUUGGUACCCCUGGAACCAUAAAUAAGUGGGUCAUAGCAAAGAAGCUGGGCACAAGUUGUAUGAAGAUUCUUGUGUUUGAUGAGGCAGACCACAUGUUAGCAGAGAGUGGCUUUCAGGAUGACUCCAUAAAAAUAAUGAAGGCUAUUGUCAGAGGCAAAGCUGAUUGCCAGGUGCUCCUGUUUUCUGCAACCUUCAAUGAAACUGUCAAGGGUUUUGUGACGAAAAUUGUUAAAGACCUCUUUGUAAAAGAUUACAAUCAGCUCUUUGUAAAGAAGGAAGAACUUUCACUGGAGUCUGUGAAGCAGUAUAAGGUGCAAUGCCCUGAUGAACUUUCAAAAGUCAUGGUGAUUAAGGACAAAAUACUUGAAUUGGCACAAAAAGUAGGGCAGACAAUUAUCUUUGUUCGUACCAGAAACAGUGCUCAUAUGUUGCAUAAAUCUCUUGUUGACUAUGGCUAUGAGGUAACAACAAUUCAAGGUGCUUUGAAGCAAGAAGACAGAGAUAAAAUUAUCAAGGAGUUCAAGGAAGGUCUUACACAAGUUCUUAUAUCAACGGAUCUUCUUGCUCGGGGAUUUGACCAAUCACAGGUCAAUUUGGUUGUGAAUUAUGAUCUUCCGGUGCAAUAUGGCCAUUGGUCAGAUCCAGAUUAUGAGGUAUACUUGCAUCGGAUUGGCAGAGCAGGACGUUUUGGCCGCAAAGGUGCUGUGUUCAACCUGCUUUGCAACGAUACAGACACCAUGCUGAUGUCGAAAAUUGAGAACCACUUCAAUAGUCCCGUGGCCGAGGUGACAUCUUGGCAAAGUGAUACAGAAUUUGAGGCUGCUUUGAAGACUGCGGGGCUACUCUAAGUUAACACGUCUCUGGCAGGAAUUUUCUCAAUGAUCAUUGUAUUUGGUGUUCUAUGAUGAGAGUGUAUUACUUUAUAGAUGAGAAUGUGUUAUAUUGCCCUAUUUUUGUGUGGUAUAGACCUUAUUUACAUAUUGAAAUUUCGUGCACUUUAUUCAGUUUUUGGCA